AUGUCUUAUGCUGCAUAUUACGUGUGGUAUUCCACGAGCAUUCGAAGGGUGAACAGUCGAGUGAGUCUGAAGGGAAAAACCGUGCUCAUAACAGGUGCUAAUGCUGGUAUUGGUCGAGAGACUGCUAUUGACUUUGCUAGCCGAGGAGCUAGGGUUAUCAUGGGAUGCCGCAACCCGACCAAAGCAAAGGUAGCAGUAGAUGAUGUCCGCAAGAGAUCAUCCAAUGAAAAUGUCAUCUUCAAGCAAAUGGACCUAUCAGACUUGAGUUCAGUCAAAAAGUGCGCAGAGGAAAUUCUGGAAGAAGAGGAGAGACUUGACGUUCUCAUAAACAAUGCAGGAUUGGUCGAUUACUCUUACUGUAGCCCAACUCCAGAAGGUUAUAAUAUCGCCAUGGCAACGAACCACGUAGGACAUUUCAUGCUAACGUUGACCUUGGUCAAUCUCAUCAAGAGGAGCGCCCCAAGUCGGAUCAUCAACGUUUCUUCCUUCGCACACGAUGCCAUCAAGAGCAUUGAUUACACAAACAUAUCAGGGAAAGGAAUAUCUGGGUUGAACCGCUAUCUUGAAAGUAAAGUGGCAAAUAUUCACUUCACUAUGAUGUUAGCAAAGCGGCUCCGGGGGACUGGUGUCACAGUGUAUUCGUUAAACCCAGGCGCCAUUUACACGAACAUUUGGGAGUCCGGUAGAGUUACCAUACGAUCCGGAAUAUUACGUAUUCUCUACUUGAUGAUAAUGCCCAUUUUAAGGCUAAUACUGAUGAACGAGAAGGACGGCGCCCAAACCACUAUCUACUGUGCUGUUGACGAAUCCAUCACACGAAAUUCGGGUGGAUACUUCACAAACUGCAGUCUGGGAAAGGUAUCUGAAUUAGCUCAAGAUGAACAACUUGCAAAACAACUCUGGGAUAUCACAUGCAAAGCGACUGGUAUUGAUCCCAACAUAUUACUAGAAUAGGUCAGGGGCGGAUCUAUAUUCCACGGAGGGUGAUUGACCGAGAAAUUUGAAAAACAAAAAGAAAAGAAACAAGAAGGCUUCACAGCAAAAUGAAGGUCAUUUUGGUACCGCGGAAAUUGACAAGCAAAAAGGGGAAGUUUCACUACCAAAUGAAGGUCAUUUUGGGACCGAGAAAAUUUGUACUAGCAAAAAAAGGGGGUUCACUGUAAUGAAGGUAAUUUGGGGUUGACUCCCAAAUGUAGGUCUUUUACUUUUUUAUUGGCAGCCCAGGGGGGGUGGAUUACCCCUAACUUCACCCCACCCCCUAAUUCCGCCACUGAAGGUGCCGUGGCCAAGUGGCCUAAACAAAUUGACUUUACUUUGAAAGUCCGAGGUUCUAUUUCCGACAUGGUCCUUGACCACGGUGAAUUUGCUACCACUGUUCUUUUAUCUUCCAUCAAAUUAAUGAAAAUGCUUGUGCACUAAUGAUUUUUCUUGUGCACUUGGUUUUUUUUAUCCCCUCUUCCAAAUGUUUGUUAAUCUUUCAGACUCUUUUGUCAAUCUCUACAUUUAUUUCAGUUCUUUACUUCCGGAGAAUGCCUAAAGUGAUAUCGAUUGUCAAAAUGAAAAGUCGACCCAUGUAAAUAUCUUAAAACUUGUCGUUUUUAAUAUCGCGUUGGUGUUCUUAAAACCAUAUGCCUCUCCUGUAUAAUGUACAUUUACAUAGAAGUGAAAUUGAAUUCCUUCCAUAAGUAAGCAACCUUAGUCCAUUAAAGGCUUUGGUCAUUUACCAAUCGGGUUGUGGACUAUGUAUACUAAGAUUUAUGAAGUAGGAUAGAUUUAAGAAAAACCUCAAGCCAAUCUGGGUUAUGUUUUCUAUUAAGUUUAUUUCUAUUGUUUUUACUAAUCAUCAGUUAUGAUUAAAAUUUUAUAUAUGUUCACUUAAUGUGGGAUGCUGGGAUUUCAUUCUUCGCCAUGUACUCAGUAUAGAUAUUUUAUUUACAAUAAAAUGGUGUAUCGCGGGAAGGAUCGCAAAAUGGGAGAAAAUUAUAUUAAAUUUUGUGAAAUUGCACAAAUA